GCCGGGCCACAGCGAGCCCCGCCGCGCCGAGAGUCCCCGCGGCCGCCAGCUUUGGUGUCCAAAACCCCCGACGGGACUCCUCAGUGGCCUUGGCGAUCUCCUUCUUUAGACACUGCAGUUGCCAUGGGAACAGUUGGGAAUUAACGGGGACCAGACCAACCACUAGCCCUUCUAGGACCAAUCCCAUCCCUCCCGCUCAACGCCUCAGGCAGGCGUGGGCCUGGCAUUUCUUUGCAGCUCAGGCUUUCUUCCGCCACCCCCACCCCCCCUUUUUCAUGGGUUUGUCCUUCAGAUGUAAGAAACAGCGCAGUGCUUGAAGGCAGGUAUGAGGAGGAGGGAGAGGGUAAUACCUUGACAUAAUAGCUGCAGACACGACUAGGCAGAAGGUAAGGUGGCCUCUGCCAUCUCAGGUCAGUGGGAGGGCAUACUGGAAGGACCUGUGGAGUGGGAAGGCAGUGCUGCUUUUGAGACAAGUCACAAGAUUGGGCCAGGAACUGUCCCCUGGGGCUCCUCAUCAUGAUGGCUGUGGAAGGGUCAACUAUUACCAGCCGGAUCAAGAACCUACUGCGAUCCCCAUCCAUCAAAUUACGCAGGAGUAAGGCAGGAAACCGGCGAGAAGACCUCAGCUCCAAGGUGACCUUGGAGAAGGUGCUUGGGAUAACAGUGUCUGGAGGCAGAGGACUUGCCUGCGACCCCCGAUCUGGUUUAGUUGCCUACCCAGCUGGGUGUGUGGUCGUGCUGUUCAAUCCCCGAAAACACAAACAGCACCACAUCCUCAACAGUUCCAGGAAAACCAUCACUGCCCUUGCCUUCUCUCCUGAUGGCAAGUACCUGGUCACUGGAGAGAGUGGGCACAUGCCUGCUGUCCGGGUUUGGGACGUGGCUGAGCAUAGCCAGGUGGCGGAGCUGCAGGAGCAUAAAUAUGGUGUGGCUUGUGUGGCCUUCUCUCCAAGCGCCAAGUACAUUGUGUCUGUGGGCUACCAGCAUGACAUGAUCGUCAAUGUCUGGGCCUGGAAGAAAAACAUUGUGGUGGCCUCCAAUAAGGUGUCCAGUCGGGUGACAGCAGUGUCCUUCUCUGAAGAUUGCAGCUACUUUGUCACUGCAGGCAACCGGCACAUCAAAUUCUGGUACCUCGAUGACAGUAAGACCUCAAAGGUGAACGCCACUGUGCCCCUGCUGGGCCGCUCAGGGCUACUGGGGGAGCUACGAAACAACCUGUUCACUGAUGUGGCCUGUGGUCGAGGGAAGAAGGCCGACAGCACCUUCUGCAUCACGUCCUCAGGGCUGCUGUGCGAGUUCAGCGAUCGGAGGCUUUUGGAUAAGUGGGUGGAACUGAGAACCACUGUGGCCCACUGCAUCUCCGUGAGCCAAGACUACAUCUUCUGUGGUUGUGCUGAUGGCACCGUGCGCCUCUUCAACCCCUCUAAUCUGCACUUUCUCAGCACACUGCCCCGGCCCCAUGCCCUGGGGACAGACAUUGCCAGUGUCACUGAGGCCAGUCGCCUCUUCUCUGGAGUGGCCAAUGCCAGGUAUCCAGACACCAUUGCCUUGACUUUUGAUCCUACUAAUCAGUGGCUGUCUUGUGUAUACAACGACCACAGCAUUUAUGUUUGGGAUGUGAGGGACCCCAAGAAAGUGGGCAAGGUGUACUCAGCUCUGUAUCAUUCCUCCUGCGUCUGGAGUGUAGAGGUCUACCCUGAAGUGAAGGACAGUAACCAGGCCUGCUUGCCUCCAAGUUCCUUUAUCACCUGUUCCUCAGACAACACCAUCCGCCUGUGGAACACAGAGAGCUCGGGGGUACAUGGCUCCACCCUGCACCGAAACAUUCUCAGCAAUGACCUCAUUAAGAUCAUCUAUGUGGAUGGGAACACACAGGCCCUGCUGGACACUGAGCUGCCAGGAGGAGACAAAGCCGAUGGGUCCCUGAUGGAUCCCCGUGUGGGCAUUCGCUCUGUGUGUAUCAGCCCCAACGGACAGCAUCUAGCUUCUGGGGACCGUGUAGGCACGCUCAGGGUGCAUGAGCUGCAGUCUCUCAGUGAAAUGCUAAAGGUGGAGGCCCAUGACUCAGAAAUUCUAUGCCUGGAGUACUCUAAGCCAGACACAGGUCUGAAACUGUUGGCAUCAGCGAGCCGGGAUCGGCUCAUCCAUGUGCUAGAUGCUGGCCGUGAAUACAGCCUGCAGCAGACGUUGGACGAGCACUCAUCCUCUAUCACUGCUGUCAAGUUUGCAGCCAGCGAUGGGCAAGUCCGUAUGAUCAGCUGUGGAGCAGACAAGAGCAUCUACUUCCGCACAGCACAGAAGUCUGGAGAUGGAGUACAGUUUACACGGACGCACCAUGUGGUACGGAAGACGACCCUCUAUGACAUGGAUGUGGAGCCCAGCUGGAAGUACACGGCCAUCGGCUGCCAGGACCGAAAUAUUCGGAUCUUUAACAUCAGCAGUGGGAAGCAGAAGAAGCUUUUUAAAGGGUCACAGGGUGAGGACGGCACUCUCAUUAAGGUGCAGACAGACCCCUCAGGGAUCUAUAUCGCCACCAGUUGUUCUGACAAGAACCUCUCCAUUUUUGACUUCUCCUCAGGCGAGUGUGUGGCCACCAUGUUUGGCCACUCAGAGAUUGUCACUGGCAUGAAGUUUAGUAAUGACUGCAAACAUCUCAUCUCUGUGUCAGGGGACAGCUGUAUAUUUGUAUGGCGCCUGAGCUCUGAGAUGACCAUCAGUAUGAGGCAGCGUCUGGCCGAGCUGCGCCAGCGUCAGCGAGGGGUCAAGCAGCAAGGACCGUCUUCUCCCCAAAGGGCUGCAGGUCCCAGCCGGCACGAGGCCCCAUCGAUGCUGUCUCCUGGACCAGCUCUGUCAUCAGAUAGUGACAAGGAGGGAGAAGACGAAGGCACUGAAGAAGAAGAACUUCCAGCUCUGCCUAUCCUUGCCAAGGGUGCCAAGAAAGAACAAGCCUCAGUGCCUGGCCCAGUCCUGCCCCGAAGCCUGUCCCACUGGGAGAUGAGUCGGGAGGAGGAGACAGUGGAAUUCUUGGCUCCAGCUCCUGUGGCCAACCAAGGACCCAGAAGGAGAAGCCGCUGGGCUCAGCCAGGCGUGGAGUUGAGUGUCCGCUCCAUGCUGGACCUACGGCAGCUGGAAACACUGGCCCCAAGCCCUCGAGGCCCUAGCCAAGACUUGUUGGCCAUGACCCCCUCUUGCCCUGGGAAACAUGGUCAGCAGGUCCCUGAGACCUCACAUGCUAGCCAGAAUGAAAAGCCCCCUCGGCCUCAGGCUUCCCAACCCUGUUCCUGCCCCCACAUUAUUCGAUUGUUGUCCCAAGAGGAAGGGGUCUUUGCGCAAGAUCUGGAGCCUGCACCCAUCGAAGAUGGUAUUGUCUACCCGGAGCCGAGUGACAGCCCCACCCUGGAUACCAGUGAGUUCCAGGUGCAAGCUCCAGCCCGAGGGACUCUGGGAAGAGUGUAUCCAGGCAGCAGGGGCUCUGAGAAGCACAGCCCUGACAGUGCCUGCUCUGUGGAUUAUAGUAGCAGCCGCCUUUCCAGCCCUGAGCACCCCAAUGAAGACUCUGAGAGCACGGAGCCCCUGAGUGUGGAUGGCAUUUCCUCAGACCUUGAAGAGCCAGCCGAGGGUGAUGAUGAAGAGGAGGAAGAAGAGGGAGGCAUUGGCUCCUAUGGGCUGCAGGAAGGCAGUCCCCAUACCCCAGACCAGGAGCAGUUUCUAAAACAGCACUUUGAGACUCUGGCCAAUGGGUCCGCUCCAGGGGGCCCAGUCCGGGUACCAGAGAGGACAGAGUCUCGGAGCAUAUCUUCACGAUUCCUGUUGCAAGUGCAGACCCCCCCACUCAGGAAGCUGUCUCCAUCUUCCUCAAGCCUGGCGCUGACAUCGAGACCAGUCCAAAUGCUGCAGGCUUCGGGUGAGCAGCUGAGAGGCAGUGGUGCCAGUCCUCCGGGAGCACCUCCAGAGGCAGAGCCCUCCUCUGGAAAUGGUGGCCCCCAGCAAACGGUUCCUGUGCUUUUGCCUCGACGCCGACUCAAUCUGGAUAGCAGCUGGUCCCCCAAGAGAGUGGCUGCGGCCAGCCCCUUAGGUGGACUCCAGAAAGCCCAGUCUGUGCAGAGUCUGGUGCCACAAGAUGAGGCCCCUCCACCAGGCCCAUUGCUCUUACAGGGGAUGGAGGCCCAGGAGGGCCUGCAGUCCCUGCCACAGGCUGAUGGCCGUCUUUCUCAGCCUCACUCCUACCAGAACCCCACCACCAGUUCCAUGGCCAAGAUGUCCCGUAGCAUCUCUGUUGGGGAGAACUUGGGGCUGGCAGCUGAACCUCAAGCUCCUGCUCCCAUUCGAGUCUCACCGCUCAGCAAGCUAGCCCUGCCCAGCCGGGCUCACCUGGUCCUGGACAUCCCAAAGCCACUGCCUGACCGUCCUACUUUGGCCACAUUCUCACCUGUUACCAGGGGACGAGCCCCUGGUGAGGCGGACCGGCCUGGAUCCCCAGCGGGCCUGGGAAAGGCUCAUAGUACAUCUGAGAGGCGGGCCUGUUUGGGGGAGGGUGCCCCUCCCAAGCCUAGGACAGAGUGCCAGGCUCAGCCUGGGCCCAACAGCCCCUGUGGCCAGCAACUGCCGGUCAGCCCCCUCUUCCGAGACCCCGAAAACUUGCAGUCCCCAACCCCUGAGAAGAUUCCCAGCCCCACGGAAUGCACCAGGCCAAGGGCAGUCCUGAGCCAGGACUCAGAACCAGCAGUGAGCCUGGAGCAGUGUGAACAACUCGUGGCAGAGCUCCAGGGCAAUGUGCGCCAGGCUGUGCGGCUCUACCACUUGGUGGCUGGCUGCAAGACACCCUCAGCGGAGCAAAGUCGCAUCACCCAGCUCCUCAGAAACACCUUCUCUUCAGUGAGGCAGGAGCUAGAGGCCCUGGCCGGUGCCGUGCUGUGCAGCCCGGGUGGGAGCCCGGGGACUGUGGGAGCUGAGCAAACACAGGCCCUGCUAGAGCAAUACUCAGAGCUGCUGCUUCGGGCUGUGGAGCAGCGCAUGGAACGUAGACUCUAGCUCCAGAAUUCUAUUCCAAGUGAAUGCUUCCCUUAUUCCGAACUGUAGCCCCUGCUCCACUCUCCAAAACCUAUGGGGAUGCUUGGAGUGGAUCGCAGGGAUCAGUGCUCAGAGGGGAAGCAGUUUUCCCAGCUACUCCUCAUGGGACCCCUGUAUUUAUUAAUUUAUUUCCCUGACUGUCGCCUCACUUUGAGAACCCCUGCCUCCACAGCCCCUUCAGUGGCUCAUGCAGGGUAGGUCUUGGAUCCUUGUCAUCUUGGUGCUGUGAGGAGUAGGAGGGCAGCCUGCCCUAUCUGGGGGGAAAUUGGGAAGGGCAGGCCCUCUCUUCUUAGAAGCCAUUUGAAAUUACUGCAGGGAUCAGCUCCCUGGGGUGGAGCACACACAGGGUAUUUGGUGGGGGGGAAGUGAGAGGCCACGUGGCAUUCAGUGCCGUUCAGCCAACAGCAGAGCUUCACCUCUACCUCCACUUCCCCUCCCACACCAGCUGCACUCCCCUGGCUGCCAGAGCAGGGGGUUAUGUUUUCCUCACUUCCUGGCAGUUGUGUAAGGCAGAGCCCUCUAAGUCCUCCAGGGCAUUCCCAAGCCAUCAGGAGGCUUGAGUUGGUAUCAAGGCCUGAGCCCCUACAUUCCACUCCCACUCUCCCUCUAAGAGAGCCCUAGCAUUAUCUCUAUCCCUGUGCCCCCUUUCUUUCCUGGCCAGAACUCGUGGAGACAGCUGUGGGAUGUUGCUGCGGGACAGUAAAGCCCUCUGCUGGGCAAACAUAAAGCCCUGGCUUCCUCCUCUUAACCCCUUGGUCUUCCCUAUCCUCCCAACCCUGGUCCCCAGUAGGCUGCUAGACCCAGAGGCCACCUUCUCCUUGCAUCCUGAGUGAUGCCCAGUCAGAAGCCUGUGUUAGAACUUCCCUCAUGGUUUACAGGGCACCAGCCCACCUUCUUCGGACCUUGGCCACAAAAGUCUACACACACACACACACACACACACACACACACAUGUUUAGUGAGUAUUCAUCGCUAGAGUACCUGGCUGGUUGAUGUGUGGCUGGUUACCCUUCAUGUACUACUCCUACUUCACCACCCUGGCUCAUGUGGAACUGUCAAGGAGCAUGAAAAGGACUGGAAUGUAGUAACCUGAAUUCUGGAUUCUUGGUGUCCACAACCUAGCUGAUGUGAGAUGGUUUGUAGGUUCCUAGUUUGGGUGGAAGGAGCCUCCUCAAAGGCAGUGCUGGGCACCCAAGAUGCUCUGGAUACUGGAACUUGAGGGGAGGGGGAGGCACAUGGGGCUGCAGAAAGGGCCAAGAGACACACUGGAAAGGUGGUAGAUGGGACAGGUAAGUAGUAGAGGGAAGGGGGUAGAUUAAAGGGCAGUUGUUAGGGAUGAGGGGAAGGAGAUAGGGUAGAGUGGGCAGGUAGAGUAGGACCAAGUAGUAAAGCAGUUGUUGAGUUGGAAUGAAGAACACGUGUCUCUGGGCCCUACUGCUUCCCUCUGCCUCAGGUAAGUCAGUGUAGCUUUCCUGAAGCCCCAGGCCGCAGCAACCUAGUCUCCCACGGACAGGCCCUUGGGGCCCUGCUGGUUCUAUAGGUAGUAACUUAGAAAGAAGUUGGUUUCUGUACAAUGCCCAGCUCUUGUUUGCAUCAGCCAGGUGCACCAGAACAGAUGAAACCUAGUUCACCCCCACUCUUCUGUACUACUACCACCUGCAUGGCCAAACUGCAAAGAAACCCUGGCCCCAGGAACUCCUGCAGCUGAGGGUGGACCCUGCAGGGCUGCAGCUGCCCUUGUGAGGGUUAGAAGUCUACUACCACUCCCCCAACCGGCACAACAGCCACAGCCCAGCCCCAAGAGGGCUCAAGCCUGGCCCUCUGGUCUGGGUUCUUCUGAAAUCCUCAGCCAGCCAGCCCCUCAGAGGAGGGAGCUACACUACCGCUAAGGUUUGUGAGAAGGUGGCCGCCCUUUCUCUACCUCAGCCGAGUGCUUAGGUGGGAGAGGGGGUCUUAUGGCCGCCGGCACCCGUCCCUUCUGCAUGUCUGAGGCCAUCGGCAACUGCCCCCCCAACCCUGACUAGAUUUACCCUGACCCAGUUUUGAAAACCUCCUUAUUUAUAACUUUUAUACUUUGUCCAGGCCAUGGCGCUUCCCUCCUCCCGAGGUCUCACGGGGCAGGGGCCAUUUUUAACUCGUCCGUUUGUAUUGAUGUAUGAACUCAUCAAUAAACAAUCAUUUGUUAAA